AUGCUGCAGGAGAAGGGCCUGUCGGAGAGCGAGGAGGGCUUCCGGGCCCCGGCCCCCGCGCAUGGAGAACCGGCCGCCGGAUCGCCCGCCCUGGGCGGCACGGGGCUCAGCGUGCCCCCGCUCAGUAGCCCGCAGGGCCAGGACGCCGAGCAGACCAUCGAGAACAUCAAGGUAUCUCUGCACGAGAAGGAGCUGUGGAAGAAGUUCCAUGAGGCGGGGACCGAGAUGAUCAUCACCAAGGCUGGAAGGAGGAUGUUCCCUAGCUACAAGGUGAAGGUUACUGGCAUGAACCCUAAGACGAAAUACAUCUUGCUGAUUGACAUUGUCCCUGCGGAUGAUCAUCGUUACAAGUUCUGUGACAACAAAUGGAUGGUGGCAGGUAAGGCCGAACCUGCCAUGCCUGGGAGACUGUAUGUCCACCCCGACUCCCCUGCCACCGGGGCCCACUGGAUGCGGCAGCUGGUCUCCUUUCAGAAGCUGAAGCUGACCAACAACCACCUGGACCCCUUUGGUCACAUUAUCCUCAACUCCAUGCACAAGUACCAGCCGCGGCUGCACAUUGUCAAGGCUGACGAGAACAACGCUUUUGGCUCCAAGAAUACAGCUUUCUGCACUCACGUGUUCCCAGAGACCUCCUUCAUCUCAGUCACCUCGUACCAGAACCACAAGAUCACCCAGCUGAAAAUCGAGAACAACCCCUUUGCCAAGGGUUUCCGGGGCAGCGACGAUAGUGACCUACGUGUGGCUCGGCUACAGAGUAAAGAAUACCCUGUGAUCUCCAAGAGCAUCAUGCGACAGAGACUUGUCUCCACUCAGCUUUCCACCAAGCCGGAUGUGAGCCCCCUGCACGGCCCCCACCAGGCCCUGCAGCACUAUCAAUAUGAGAAUGGUGCCCACAUGCAGUUUGCCACAGCUGAUGCUCAAGACCUGCCCCUCAACACCUUCCCAGCACAGAGAGACUCAGGGCUCUUCUAUCACUGCCUGAAGAGACGAGCAUUGGGCACCCGGCACUUGGACUUGCCCUGCAAGCGCUCCUACCUGGACGCCGCCUCCUCCGUUGGGGACGAUCACUAUUUCCGCUCGCCUCCCCCUUAUGACCAACAGAUGCUGAGUCCAUCCUAUUGCAGCGAGGUGACCCCCCGGGAGGCCUGUAUGUACUCGAGCUCGGGGGCUGAGAUCGCCGGGGUGUCAGCAGUGGAUGACCUCCCCCCGCCCCCUCUGAGCUGUAACAUGUGGACUUCAGUCACCCCUUACACCAGCUACAGUGUCCAGACGAUGGAGACUGUGCCAUACCAGCCUUUUCCCACCCACUUCACUGCCACCACCAUGAUGCCCCGUCUCCCCUCCAUCACCAGCCAGAGCGCCCCGCCACCAGGAAACACCCACUUCAGCGUCUACAAUCAAAUCUCGCAGUCCCAGGGCCGGGAGCGGGGGCCACCUGCCUCCUUCCCCCGAGAGCGUGGGCUCCCGCCGGGCUGUGAGAGGAAGCCCCCAUCUCCACACCUGAACACUGCCAACGAAUUUCUUUAUUCCCAGAGCUUCUCCUUGUCUAGAGAAUCGUCCUUACAGUAUCACGCAGGAAUGGGAACUGUGGAGAACUGGACUGAUGGAUGA